AUGUCAUCACCAACAAACUCUUCUUGUUUCCGGCGACCAUUUUCCGUUACUUCCACCAUGAUCACCGCCGGCUGCCGGCAAAGAUUCCUUCUCCGGGCACUUUUUUCCGGCGUUCUGUUUUUUCUUGCAAGACAACUUUACCUCAUUUCCACCACCACCACAACCGUCACCACCACCACAGCCACCACCACCGGAAACUUCUACACUUUCGAAGCCGAAAUCGACGAAAAACUAGUAAACUACUACUCGAAAACCUUCCAAGAUUUGAUGGAAAACCGAUAUUUAACCGAUGAAUCAAGAACUCUCACCAUUGGAACCCAAAUGAUACAAUAUACAACAGCAUUGAAACAAAUGGGUUUCAAGAACCCGAAAUCGACUAAAAAGAUCGUUUUUCUUCCGUUUACAAACGAUACAUUCGAUUUCCAGUUUUCGAGUCACACGGGUCUUGAUUGCUCUGCAGACCCAGGUCAGUUUUCGUCCGAAUUAACAAGAACUUUGAAAAAUGAAGGCUUUCUUGUGAUCCAUACAGAAUCUAAUGAUUCGUAUAGUUUGAAUUCGUUAUUGGAUUUAUUCGAUUCGUUUAGAUUGAUUCGAGUUAGGGAAAUUGGGGUUCAACAUUGGACAAUUCCGGGUAUUCGAGAAAUCGUGUUGAAAAAGCAAAAAGGGGUUCACCGGAGAAGAAAGAAUUUAGCCGGAAUUUGUUCAAUUCCCGCUUAUAAAAAGGAAUUGAUAAGAAAUUUGGAACCUUUAAUUGAAAAUGAGCCAUUAAAGCCUUGGAUUGAGUUCAAGAAAAAUUUGAAAAAUAUUAAGUAUCUUAGUACAUUGGUGAAUAUAAGCUUUAAAACGCGAUACGUGUAUAUCGAUGUAGGAUCAAGAAACUAUGGAUCAAGUAUUGGAAAUUGGUUCAAAAAGCAUUACCCAAAACAGAACAAAAUGUUUGAAGUUUUCGCGGUUGAGGCGGAUAAAAGGUUUCAUCAAGAGUAUAAGUCUAAAAAAAAGAUAACCCUUUUGCCAUAUGCAGCUUGGGUAAGAAAUGAGUCAUUAUUUUUUGAAAUUAAUCGGGCCCCGAAUAAUGGAAAUGGAGAGAAAGAGAUAGGAAUGGGUCGUGUUCAAACGGCGCAUACGUCUACUAGUUUUAUGGGGGAUUUGAAUAAGAUUCAAGGGUUUGAUUUUUCGGAUUGGGUGAAGAGUAGUUUUGGGGAAAAAGAUUUUGUGGUGAUGAAGAUGGAUGUUGAAGGGACGGAAUUCGAUUUGGUUAAGAAAAUGGUUGAAACCGGGGCGAUUUGUUUGGUUGAUGAAGUGUUUCUUGAAUGUCAUUAUAAUAGAUGGCAAAGAUGUUGUGAGGGUGAAAGGAGUAGAAAGUAUCAAAAAGUGUAUAAAGAUUGUUUAGAGUUGUUUAGUUCAUUGAGGGAGAAAGGUGUUUUGGUUCAUCAAUGGUUUUGA